AUGAAACUCACAAUCCUUGCUGUCAUCCUUCCUCUUCUGGCCGCAGCAGCGCCAGGUCUCGAAGCCCGACAAUCAGAGCCGCCAUAUCCACCAAAGAUCAAAGUGAUGGCCUCCCGCUCCGGCUCUCCGAUCCACUCUCUACCAAUGAAUGCUGCAGGCCGUGCGUUCUGGCUAGGAGGCACUACCCAAAGCUACUGUCCGAUACAGGUCGGUGACAACUGCCCUCCCGGUAACGAGACCGUGAUCGGGGGCUUGAGCUCCAUGUAUGUGCUUGUCCCAGGCGGCCAGCAGAUGUAUGUUGAGCCAAGCGGUGCCGUUGGUUUCACGCAAGCACAUUCGACAUAUAUCCCGCCUGGCUCCUAUAUCGGCGGGUUCACGUACGAACCCAGAGGAGAGCACGGUGUAUAUUCUUUCACCGGGUGGGGUGCCGAUGGUUUCAUGGGGUGUCCGGACCCGGAGGUAGGCUUUCAUCAAGUCUACGCGAAUAUUCAAAAUGCAUCUGUCCCAACAGGGGAUAUUAAAGACUGCCUGCCGUUUGUCGCGCUGGCCAUCACCUAUCCCGGCAAUAACCCGGCUGCGUGGCAAUAUGUUUAG